GACAUGAUGGACAGCCGUUCGCUGGAAGGUGGACAUUUCCCAGCUAACCUGAGCUCGAGCCUCGGCGAAUGUCGAUAGAUGCCCAAGCGCAGGCGUAACGAGUGAAGAAGAUUCGGACCGAGAGUCGACGUCUCAGCUUCGCUACCCUGGUAAUUGCACUGCCUCACUGUCCAUGCUGCCGGCCCUGUGUCUGAAGCCUCGAUCUCUCCAAUGAGGAUAUAAUGACGUUGGAUCAUCCCGGGUACGAUGAUUCUGUCCCUCAUCAUGCCGUGAGUGAGGGUGUGUACCUCGAGUCCCAGUUGACCCAAACAUAGCAGAGCUGGAAUCACUCAUCCUAUCUUCGCGCAAUCCAAUGCCUGAAAAAGUAAUCACAUGCUGCAUGGAAGCCUUUACAUACAUAGCUACCGGUAUAUGAUGAUUUGUGUGGAGCGCUUGGCUGGAUGCGGGAUCGUCGCGCCCGCGGCUGCGGGAUCAUUCUCGCGACUUGGACUCUCGAGUUCUCAAGGAGAUCACGCAACAAGCUCCAAAACCACAGGGAAAUCGAUCGCUCGUAUGCAUCUCUUCCAGCCAAUAGCAGAGAAGCGUCAAGAACGGUCAACGGUGCCAACGCCAGCGCUACUCUUCCCGUCCCCUAUGGUGGUUAGCUUUGGCUCAAAACUUGUUGUGGGAGUCGAGGGGACCCGUUCGCAGAACUAAGUUCCCAUGCACGAUUCUGCCAACAAGAGCAACUCUAAAGGGCAGUCUGAAUUUCUUUUUGUGGCAAGGAAAAAGUUCCUGUGUCGAGCCGCUUGGCCAUAAAGAGCAUGAAUUUCCUCUGACGACGUAACUUGCACGCUUAGUCGACCAAGAGGCUUGUUGCUGGUUGGCCAAGUGCACAUGAACAAGCACAAUGCGCAAGUGCCCCCGAGUAUCCAGCCGUAUACACGCAGAUCACCUUGCCAAUCCUACAAUGCCCAUGCGGUUCCCAAACGCGACUCCGUACUCGAGAGUCUGUGUAGGAUUUGUAACAAUUGCCAGUAAUCUCCCUCUUCAUCCAGACGCUGAAGCAGAGGAGUUGAUGGGCGAACCAAAGAAACUGACCUAUAAACUCCAGUCACUUGGAUACGCUAAUCUCGAUCAUCCUCGUCACCCACUCACUAUAGACUGGCCCCACUCCCUCCAUCUCAACCCUCAUCAUUCACUGUAACGUCGCAACAAUGCCCCCAACACCUAGGCAUUGGUCCUCCUUGCUAACCCCACAUAUCGUACGUGGUGCACAAUCUGGCGGGUUCGGAUGCAUGAUGCAUUGGCCCAAGGAGAGGAUUCCUGUGGCAUGGUCGAGGCAGAAAUCAAUACGUCCGACAUCCCUCGAGUUGGUCCAUGUAUACGCACGAUAUUCCCCUAAGGUCACAUAGUUAUUCCCAACGUAGCGUGCGGAGAUAUUUGAGAGUACCAAUCUUUCAUCAUGCUCGUGGAGUCUCCACCAAAUAAGUCGCAUCGCCUGGGAUCCUGGCAAAGGCUCACAAGUUAACCACAUCUAACCGGUCGCUCGGUACGAGGCACUCCUUGAAGGCGAUCACAGUCUCGGCCCAAUCACACAUCUCUCAAUGUGCCGAUUCCCAUGCUCUUAGUUGGCAUUACUUUUUUGUUAUGAGAUUCAACUGCAGGGUCCCAAUCCAAUUGCUUAUGACUGACUACAAAAAAAGAACGCGAGCGCCGUAACAUGAGCCCUGAACAUAUGUCGGUAAUCCCAUUCAGAUCUCGGCAGCAUACCACAGUUGGCAAAGCCGUUUGAUCUGAUCAAAUCAUGCAUUCAUUCUUCCCGUGAAAGAUUGGCAUCGCCCGACACUCUGUUCGUCAGACUUAAACAAGGGCAGUGAGGAGUCCACUGCAAUACAACGUCCAUCCCAACAUAAUUGGAUGCUUCUCUUCAUUAAAUGCAUCGGAACCUAGCAUUAUCCUUCGCAGGUCGUUCGAGAUCUGCAUUGUUAGUGUUUGUAGCAUUAGCACAAGGGACACCUUGUGAGUCGAUCCGCCGCAACUUCAAACGGCUGAACGUGUUUUCCUCGUACCUCUGCGUCUAUCUGGCAAUCAUGGCCAAUGAACGUCACCAUCAGAAUGCAGGGCGAGCACAAAUGUGUUCAUCACCGGGACAUACCGCUGCAUCAUAGUUAGGGCUCUGCAUAAUGACCAUCCCUCCACCGCAUCCGAAAUUCCUCGGCGACCUAGACUUAUUAAAAGUUGGCAUUUUAGAUUGAAGCGCGAUUCCACCCAUUCUUUCUCACAUGUGGGCCACAUCUAUGAAAGUCACAUUGUCCAUACCUCGACACCGAGAAUCCAGAAUGCAAUACGGUCAUGCUUCGCGCCAGCCAUUUAGAGUUUACUAAUGUGUUUGCAUGCUCGCCAUCCACCAGCGCCUCAUGGCCACUUCGCUGCCGGCUAGUCUUAGAAGAGAUAAUGCCGCUUCCUAGCCUGGGCGGCACUUGGUUCAUCUAAUGGCGCUUCGUUCGUCGCGGCAAUUGUCGGUAAUUUCUGGUAAUAUGAACGAUGGUGGAUGGAGCUUUUGUGUAUACACAGGUUCAUUGGCGACAGCAUCAUCCGGUUCCGACCGCACGCCACAGACCAACCAUUUUCUCGGCCUACCUCAUAUGGCAUACUCCUAAACACCAAUGUACCGGUGCCUGCCACUAGGUAGGUAGGUAUCCUCAAAAUUCCCCGCUCACGUGUGAAUGAAGUGUCUCGCAGCACUCGAGGAAACCGGUGAUCGUCGGCUCAUGCGUCGGACAAUUGCUAUCAACAUUGAAUUGCUGCAUGCAGUGGCAGCAGUGCGAUGCGGAUCUGCGACCUGAUCUGAUCAUUCUCAGAUAGCCGAGCCGGGAGGAUCUGAGAUCUGGCCUUGUCACCUACAAGGUGGGGUAGGGUGGUGUGCGGGUUGCCCUUUGCAUACAUUUCAUGAUGCAUCCGGAAAAUUCACAAAGCUAAGAAAACAAUUAACAAAGGUUGUACUAGUCUCUACCGCACAUCAACCACAAACAUUGGGUUGAAUGACUCGGAUUUGAUGGAUUUACUUCCACCACUUACACGCGAAAAACGGUAUGACUAAUCGCCGCCCAACUCUGAAGGAAUAUGCUUUUUAUGCCUCAUCGUCAAUACGUUGCAAUUCUUUGAUCAUAUGUCUCAAGGGGCUUCACAAACUCUGCCCAGGCAGAAUGUCGAAGUUGAACACUUGAAAAUACAAGUGGUGAUUUGUGUGUCCUUUCUCGAUGUCCCAUACUGUCACAUUGCAAUCGGUAUGAAAGAACACAUUCCAUGUUCAAUUGUAUUUGGAUUCAUGUCUUUUGAGUGAUUCUUCCGGGGGUACUUAGGGUAGGCUACGCCCAUCCCAACAACUGUUGGUACAAUAAAACAAUAAAUAAGAGUGUGCCCGCACGAUAUACUCCCCACUUAGAGACUUUAUGUCAAACACAGAUUCAUUGAAGUUAUCUUCCGCUCCCUUUGCGAUUUUGCUCGACACGAACGACCCGGUCUCUAUGCAAUCUUCACAAAGAAGGGGUGCUAGCACUCGAAGUGUAGAAGAGGGCCCUACAUACCGCGGGUUCAAAAAAAAUGAAUGUCGUUCAAUUCUUUCCAAAGUAGUUUUGACAGGCUUUGCAAUUCUGAAAAUAUUAUAGUCGUCGACAAGGUUACAUGUGUGAUAACGAAUACAAAUGCGCUGUUUGAGGGGUGUAGCUUUUGUAGCCGGAAAAAUGUCUUAUCCGACUACCGAGGCCGCCGCCUUGGCUGAUGAUAUAAGCAUGGUACAGCACGUGACCUUUGGCGCCUAGAUCGCAGCUACCUGAUUUUGGACCGCAGCGUCACUGCUUGAUUGAACGACGCGACAACAUCUUUGCGCAACCCUCCUGUCAACAAUCCCCACUUCCACUUUCCCCUUGUUUGGUACUCACUGUCUGCGCUUGUAUCUGCUCUGCGUGGUCCCUGACUCUACUUGCCAACCCCGCUUUUACGGGCAGACCGUUGGGACAUACAGUUAGUUGCAAAGACGCUCAAUCACUCUGACCAAAAGAAGCUCGCUGACGCUCCAAAUCCGAACAUAUCUUUCUUGGGAAGAUUGAAAGCAGGACGCGGCGGCGAUAUGGCUUCGCGCGCAAAUGCAAUGUUACCCAACGAGGUUAUCAGUCACCAGCAGAAGGGCUCGCGGGCCAGAUGGGAUGUCAGAUGAUUCUAGAUAUCGUAAUCGCAGCUUGAGCCGUUCACCUUCCCCAUACCGCAGGAAGCGGACACGAUCGCCCUCGCCCUACCGCCAGAAGCGCAAUAUAUCGCGGUCGCCAUCUCGAUCCCGAUCCCCAUCUCCAUACCGAAAUAGGUGCAAAGAUUCCCGAUCACCUUCUCCCUUUCGUCAUGGUCGUGGCGGUCGCCAGCAUGACGGGCGGGAUUCGCGGUCGCAAUACAAACGCAAAGCUUCACCGCCACGCGGUGGUAGGCCUGAUAAGCGCCAACAUGUUGAUCGAAACAGGCACAACGAUCGCCGACACCGCAGUCAAUUCGAUGAUGUCCGUGCUGUGCUGCACUCUAAUCAUAACGAUCGAAGGGCGCACAAUCCUGUUUCUUACGCCGAUAAUGAGGGCCCAGCUGCAGUACCCGAUUUCCGAGGGUCGACGAGAUUGACAGCACCGUCUUCGCAAACUGGAAAGUAUGACUCUCGGUCGCAAGCCCGUGAAAAGCAGAAUGCAGAUGCUCAAGCUCCAGUUCAAUCACCCUCAACAGAGCAGGCUAAUGAUGUCGAAAUCCCCCCACAAGAAGCUGAUGAAUCCAAGGAUGUGGAAGAAGAACAAAAAGCACCCCCGAAGGAGACUCUGGAAGAAAAGAGGCGAAGAUGGGCUGCGAUCCGUGCAGCUGCCGAGAAGGAGAAAGCCAAAGACAAUCUCCUCCAACGAGCAGUCCUUGCUAAUGCUUCCGAAAGCACGAGUUCCAUGGCAUCCCCACCUGCGGGUAGCCCUGUUUCACCUGCAGGUUCUCCUUAUGUUGGACACCUUGAUUCUGUGCCUGCUUCUCCUGAGGUAAUGUUGGUUGACAAGCAACAAAUAGCAAGCCAAAGUGGAAGUCCAUUUGCAGCUAGUCCUUCGGCAGGAGAUUAUGACCCCACGAAGGAUAUGCUAGAUGAUCGUGACCGUGCUGCUCAGAAGUUCGCACGAUCCGAGGUCUCAGCCAAUGCGUACAGUGAAACCGAUCCGACACUGCUCUCUACGUUGCCCGCUACCAAGGUCGCUCCGGUGAAGAAACAGAAGAAAGAGUUCGACAUGUUUGAUCUCUCGGAUGAUGAAGAAGAUGAAGAUAAGGAGAACCUUGAAGAGGAGCUCAAUGACAACAAUGCAAAGGGAGUCGUACUCAAUGAAAAGCUACUCGACAACUGGGAUGACCCUGAGGGAUACUAUAAACUCAUCAGCAACGAGCUGGUCAACGAGGGUCGCUAUCGAAUCAUCAAAGGCUUGGGUAGGGGUGUCUUUGCCAAUGUAGCCCAGGCUGAAGAUGUGAAAUCUCCAAACAACGAUCAAAGCCCAGCCCUGGUUGCGAUCAAGAUAAUCCGACGAAACGAUCUGAUGCGAGUAGCAAGUCAGAAGGAGAUGGACUUCGUGCGCAAAGUCAAUGAAGCAGAUCCUGGAGACAAACGCCAUAUUAUCCGACUCCUCAGCUCCUUCGAUCACAAGGGUCACCUCUGCGGUGUGUUCGAGCACAUGUCGAAGAAUCUCCGAGAUCUCCUUAAAGAAGACACCAAUGGACAUGGGCUCGCACUGCAAGCGGUUCGAACUUAUGCGCGUCAAAUGUUCAUAGGUCUCCAGCAUCUGCAGAACUGCCAGGUAGUUCACUGCGAUUUGAAGCCUGACAACAUUUUAGUGUCACAUGAUAAGAAGACCAUCAAGCUUUGUGAUUUCGGUACAGCUGUGGACAAGCGCGAUGUUAUGGACCGUACGGAGUAUCUUGUCAGUCGCUUCUAUCGUGCACCUGAGAUUGUACUCGGCAUGGAGAUCGGCUAUGGCAUUGACAUGUGGGCAAUUGGUUGUACGCUGUAUGAACUGUGGACGGGGAAAAUUCUCUUCACAGGUCGCACUAAUAAUCAGAUGAUCAAGGCGUUCAUGGAUUGUCUGGGCUGGCCAUCUGAGAAAUAUUUGAAAAAAGGCUUACUACAAAAUGUGAUCGAGCAUUUUGAAGCUGGCCCGCCACUCAAAUUCAUCAGCCGAGAAGUAGAUCAGCAUGGCAUGGCCUCUGUCCGUGUGAUUGAACAACAGAAGAAGAUUCCUCGAGACCUGAGGUCCCGCGUCAAUGAAGCCGCCCGCGGUAUCGCACAGGGAGGUCCGACCGGUGCUGAGCUGAACGACUUCGCAGAUCUUCUGGGAGCUUGCUUGAAUUUCAAUGUCGAGAAGCGCUUGCAGCCAAAAGAUGCUCUUCAACACAGGUUCUUCCCUCAGCAGAAGCUUCUACCCAAGCCUGCAGUGAUCAAGCCACCCAUGAUUAAGCGCGUUCCCAAGUUCCACCGGUAA